AUCUCUCUCUCUCUCUCUCCCUCUAUGGGUUGACUCAUUUAAUUAGGGAAUUACCUAGAAGGAGAAAAUGGAAAAUAUCACCAAAACAUUCCAGCACGGAGGAGUGGAUUGGAUUUGCGAGCCAUGGCUUGGUGCAGGCUCCAUGGGAAUUGGCCGGGGAGAGAACCCGAUCAAGUUUACUCUUCCUCUUCUUCUCCUUCAGAUAUCUGUCUUUACCUUAAUUUCAGUCUUUUUUCAGUUUCUUCUCAGGCCUUUCGGAAAAUUCGUAUUCCUCACUCAGAUCCUGGCUGGGAUCUGCUUAGGACCGUCGGUUAUAGGACGUAACAAACAGUACAUGUCGACAUUUUUCUACAAGAGAAGCGUGUUCAUAAUUGAAUCCUUCGAGGCCAUAUGUUUUCUCUUCGUUUGCUACAUCACGACAUGUCAAGUAGACACUAGGAUGGUAAAGAGAGUAGGCAAAUUAGCAUUCAUAAACGGCAUCUUACUUUUCCUCAUACCUUUCGUAUGUGGCCAAUUCGCGGCCAUCAUCAUCUCCAAGAGGCUCGGAGGCGCGCCAGAUGGGAUCCCUCCCGCGGAGUUCCACCACGUGGCGAUCGUCGAAUCCACAAUGUAUUUUCAGGUGGUUUACGGAGUCUUGUCGAGCCUAAAGAUGUUGAACACUGAGCCAGGGAGGUUAGCACUUGCCUCCAUGAUGGUGCAUGACUGCCUCGCCUGGUGUUUUUUCAUGCUGAACAUCGCCAUUAAACUUAACGUUGACUUAAAAGACAAAAACCGAGCUCUCCUCUUGUCCCUCUUACAGAUGGUCAUGAUAGUGGCAAUAAUAUAUGUGUUUCGACCAAUAAUGAAGUGGAUGAUGGGGAGAACACCAGAAGGACACUCUCUCAAGACCUCGUACCUCUGCGUUAUUUGCGUCUUGCUCUUCGUCACCUGUCUCUGGGCAGAAUUUGUGGGUCUGCCUUACUUCUUUGGUGCGGUUGUCUUAGGCCUAGCCACCCCAAAACGUCCGCCUCUAGGCACCGGACUGUCAGACAAAAUCGGUUGUUUUGUUUGGUUUUUCCUGAUGCCUUGCUACAUCAUUGGGAUCGGCUACAAUAUCAAUCUCUCACAGGUUUCCUUGAGAGAUGUUAUCCGGUAUGAGAUACUUUUUGGUGUAAUUCGGUUUGCCAAAAUGAUAGCCAUUGCCUUGCCUUCCCUUUACUACAAUGUGCCCCUUUGGCACGCCAUUCUUGUUGGCUUUAUGGUCAAUAUCCAAGGACUUUACGACGGUAAUUAA